GACAAAACAAAAAUGGUAGGUCAAGUGCUUGUUUCCAUUGGAUAACCCUUAACAAAAGAAGAUCUCCUAAUAAGGUAACACCCACCUUUUUUGUUUAUUUCUUUUUAGGUUGGUUUGUUCUUCUUGAUGGCUGUUACAUGGGUUUUGAUCAUGUACCUCUCACUCCCUAAUAGUAGUAGUAUUUAUAUAAUCAUUCCCUGGUCUCUCUUCUUCCAACCUCAAACACUGCAACUACUAAUCCCUUCUCUCUUCUCUAUCCAGAUCUCUGGUAUAAUGGCUCAAGUAGAUAAUAAUAUCAGUAGGCAACCAACAACAACAGGAUUCAAACUCUUUGGAACAACAAUUCCUUUAGAAACCACCAAACAAGUACAGGCAGUAGUAGUGAAAAAGGAAGCUGAAGAAAUCAUUAAGUCAUCUUCAUCUUCAUCACCAUCCUCAUCAACAACAUCAUCAUCUGGAGAAGUUUCAGCAGAAAGAAAAAUAUCAGAAAAAAUUAUACCAUGUCCAAGAUGUAAAAGCAUGGAAACAAAGUUCUGUUACUUCAAUAACUAUAACGUUAAUCAGCCAAGACACUUUUGUAAAGGUUGUCAACGGUACUGGACCGCUGGUGGUACCUUAAGAAACGUUCCGGUGGGUGCCGGACGUCGCAAAGCGAAACCGUCUGGGUUCUCAUCAACUGGUCAUGAUCAUUGUAUGUUUGAUGCUUCUGGUGUAGGAGAAUUGGAUAUACAUGGGAUGGUUCAACAGUGGCAGCAUAUGACCACCGUUUCUAGAGACAGUGGUGGUGCUUUUCAGCAUGUUUUUCCGGGGAAGCGACGUAACACGAAUCCUACCGGACAAAUAUGUUAGUUAAUUAACCUCUUCUAGUUGUUUUUUGCUUUUUUAAUCUGUAUGUUUUUGAUUUUUGCAAGUUGAGAAAUUUGUUAGUGUUCUAUGUACAUACAGAAGAAGAUUGUUCUUAUGCUUAAUCAGAAAUGUUCUUUUUUCUAAUGUAACCGUUAGUUAUGUUCUAAGCGAUGUUAAUUAUGGUCUUAAUCUCUUCUUCAAGUUUGUUAAUGUAUCCAGUCCAAGUUGUUAAAAUGUCAAGGAGACUUCAGUGUAAUUAAGUUGAAGUUUCUAAAAGGUCAAAACCAAGACCUCAAAUCGAUGAAAUUAAAGUGGUUUCAAUAUAUAUAUUUUUUACUUGAUA